AGCCUGCUCGCGCAGUAACCAGUAGCAGGCCAUCGCAGGAUUCACAGCUCGGGUAGCGAUUGUGUCCCUCUUUUAAAGGUACACUCCUCCGCCUACAUCAUCGAUGGUUCUUAACGACCGUCAAGCGUCCAGCGUCCAGCGUUCAGCAUCCAACUACUCAACAACCAGCCAGCCAGACAGUCAACUAGUCCACCAUGAAGCUGGCUUCCCUCCUCGUCGUCCCGCUGAUGCUUGCCGUCCCCACUAUCGCCUUCGAGCAGUCUGCCAUCCAGACUCUCCGCGUCGCUACGACUGCUGCUGGAGCUUACCACUCCAAGUUCCCACAGGCUCUCAGUGAAGGGCCCGAAGCAGCUAUAUCGAAUAUCAACUCUGCAACGGCGAGAGCGGCAGACGAAGCAAAGGCUGCCAUGACUGGGCUGACGGUGCAGAGCCAGAGCAACAAAGGGCAGUGUCAUCAGUUGGCUGGUGCCUUGAAGGGCUACUUUGACGCCAUGACGACGCUCUCGCAUGAUGCUACCAACCCGGCGGUGUUCUGCAGUAAGAAUAUUGACCGUCUGGGGCCGUCUAUGGGAUGGAACCUUCGCCUUGUCAGGUAUGGGAUAGAGCCCUAUGCUGCGACGCUGAAGAGAGACUGUAAGGACGGAGAGAAGCUCGUUGCUGGUCUGGCUGGUGGUUAUAAGAUCGUCGUCGACAGUCUUGAACAGGCCCAGGCGAUGCUGGAGAGCCCUCAGGGCAAGUGUAAGCAGUGA